CGUUACCCAAAUGCCAGAACAUUCGAAGUCCAAAUCCCCACUCUCGUUGGCCAUCUCGCCUCCAAACCGGCCCCCAUUUUCUUCCCUCCAGGCUCCAGCCAGCCGCGAUGCUCCCUCCGGCCACCAUCCCUGCCCAUCCGCCUCCGCCGUCGGAGUCCACGACAACCUCCAGCCCGGAGCAGCAGCAGCAGCCCCCGCCGCCGCCUGCUCCUCCUUCCGGCGUUGAGUCCGAGGCGCCGCCAAAGAGGCGGAAGGUGGAGGAGGUGGGGUUUCAACGCUCGCCGUACUACACGAUCAGAGAAACCGUCGCAAAUCUCCGCGGCUGCGUCCUUCAGGUUUGCCAAGGAACUGAGUCCCAAAAGAAAGAUGCUGCUGUUGAGAUCUUGAAAGAGAUGAAAGAUGUCAUGGAAUUAUCCAAGAAAGCACGGCUUGGUCUUUCCUCUGCUGCGAAGCCUGUGAAACUGUUCGAGAAACCUGCAGCCAAAGCUCCCGAGGAUAAGCCUGCUGGAAAUGUUCCAUCUGCAGAGAAGAGUCAAGUUCCUCCAACAAGCCUGGCUGGAAAUUUCGUGCACAGUAUACGUGGGGAUCUACCGAUCAAGCCUGAUAACUCGGACACUGCAGGACAUAUGUUAGUGGUGGAGACGAAAAAGGGGCUCAAACCAAGUAAGACAACAGAUCAUACAAAGCAGCAGGGUGGACUCCCGCGAGGGUCUUAUGUCAUCGGUGGAUCUCCCAUUGGCUGGAAUUUUCUCAUGUGGCCUGGAUGCAAAGCAGUCUACUACGGUUUGACCAAAGCAGAGUGGUUGGUUCGUCGAUCUGCAAGAUGAAGUUCCAUCGUCCUGUCCCAGCAAUCUAACCGCUACGUUCAUCUUAAAUCUUCAGAGGAUAACAUAGUAGCUGAUGCUGUGAUAUAAGUAAUAGUGUAGAAGUAGAACUGAAUAGUACAUGGCACUGCAGGAAGGUAAGACACCAGAGCAUGGCAAGGUACUGAGAUGUAUCGGCAGGCGGCAUCGAUACCCUUUGGGAAUGUUUUUUGCUGCACAUUAGGGCAAUCAGAUAUACAGAGAAUUUUGGUUGUAAACUGAAGGAGCCAAGUGCCCAUGACAUAGUUUCUGCUCAGAAGUGGAUAUGAGGAAGAACUUAAGCACAUGACAGCGCGUUAUAUGUUCCCUUUUUGUUAAUGCGACUCCCUGUUCUAUGUAAUUAUCUUUCCUUCAUUUCUGCAUCUUGCUAACCA